CGUCCACAGUUGGCCAGGGAGCGGAUCGACAUGUGUCGAGUCUGUACCUCAGUGACUCCAGGUGAAGCCCAGGUCAUGCUGGGUCAAGACAGGGCAUUCACCUUUGACCAUGUUUUUGACUUGGAGAGCCAGCAGCAUGAAGUCUAUAAUUCUACAGUGCAUGCCUUGAUUGAAGGUUGCUUCGAAGGCUACAAUGCUACUGUCUUUGCCUACGGCCAGACGGGAUCCGGUAAAACUUAUACGAUGGGGACUGGAUUCGAACCAGGGAUCAGUGAAGAACUGCAGGGGAUCGUACCCAGAGCUGUGCACCAUCUCUUCACUGGGAUUGAGCAACGCAGGGUUGAAGCAUCAGGGAGAAGUGAACCACCUCCGGAGUUUAAGAUUCAUGCUCAGUUUAUGGAGUUGUACAAUGAAGAAAUCUUGGACUUAUUUGACUCCACAAGAGAUGUUGAAAUCAGCCGGAACAAGAAGUCACACAUUAAGAUCCAUGAGGAUGCACAGGGAGGGAUCUACGUUGUCGGUGUGACUACGCGAACAGUCGGCUCUGAACAGGAGACAUUACAGUGUUUGCAAGGUGGUGCUCUAUCUAGAACCACUGGGAGUACCAACAUGAAUGCUCAAAGCUCCAGAUCUCAUGCUAUCUUCACUCUGCAUAUCAAACAACAGAGACUGGUCAAAGUGUCAGCCGAAGACAAUGAUGACGAGCAAGCCAAGACGAACGAUGACAACACAGGCAUGAAUGAGUUUGAGACGCUCACUGCCAAGUUUCAUUUUGUAGACUUGGCUGGCUCAGAGAGGUUGAAGAGAACCGGUGCUACAGGGGACCGCGCAAAAGAAGGCAUUUCUAUCAACUGUGGAUUGCUUGCCUUGGGCAAUGUGAUCAGUGCUUUAGGAGACCCAGCCAAGAAAUCCAGCCAUGUACCCUACAGAGAUUCCAAGCUUACCAGACUACUGCAGGACUCUUUGGGUGGUAACAGUCAAACCCUCAUGAUUGCCUGCGUCAGUCCGUCUGACCGUGACUUUAUGGAGACGUUGAACACCUUACGCUACGCCAAUCGAGCCAAGAACAUCAAGAACAUUGUGGUAGCCAAUCAGGACAAGACUAGUCGCCAGUUAGCCGCUCUCAGGAAUGAAAUCAGACAACUACAAGAAGAACUCUUAGAAUACAAACAGGGUAAAAGGCAGGUGAAUGCUGAGGGUGUUGAGGAAAUCAACGACCUCUUCCACGAGAACACAAUGCUGCAAACCGAAAUCGAGAACCUCCGACAGCGAGUCAAAGCUAUGCAGGAGACCAUCGACUCUCAGACGUCCAGGAUCUCUGUACUGGUCGCUGAACAAGCUCACUUACAGCUGAGUAGCAGGGCAGCAGGGGAGGAAGGGGGCGGAGGGGAAGAGUUGAUGUCCAUGGUGGAGGGGUACGUCAAGGAGAUUGAAGAUCUGAGGGCAAAACUGGUGGAGAGUGAGUCUCUAAAUGCCGUCCUACGUCGUAAAAAUGUCCACGAGUCCCCAGUCCGUGUUCCAUCACGAGCCACUAUGAGCCCAACUCAUAUACCUCUGACUUCUAGCAGUGUGGAUUUCAGCAGCAGGCAACGACAUAAUUCAGGAGAACGCAUUGAGGCUGAACUUCCAGAGAAUACUCGAGUGGCGUCUAUCCUUGCUGAAGCAAAGAAACAGGUGGAACAUGACCAGGAGAAAAUGCGAAUGGUAGAAGCUUCUAAGGAGGCCAAGAGCAAGUCCAGAUUACACAGCCAUUCUGACAAAGAAAAUGAAUCUGCUGAUGAGAAGGAGGACUCUACAGAGAAAGAAGAUGUGACAAUGGAGAAGCAGGAGAUGAGUGAAGAUGUUGAGGAAGUUGCCGGAGACGAAGAUGGAGAAGAAGACGAUGAAGAAGAUGACGAGGAUAAGGAGAGCAGCGAGAGUGACUCCGAAGAUGAAGAUGACACAGCUCAGUCUCAGCUUCAAGAAGAUCUGGCAGACCUCGCUUGUGAGAUUAACAUCAAGCAACGUCUUAUUGAGGAGCUGGAGACGAGUCAACGUCGGCUGUACACCUUGAAGGCACAGUACGAGGAGAAAAUGAUGUCCUUACAGAGCAAGAUCAGAGAGACGGAGAUGGAGAGAGAUAAGAUACUAGCCAAUAUGGGCUCCCUGACCGAAACAAGAACGAAAGAGAAGGCUGAGAAAAUCCGUAAGGAGUUUGAGAUCAAACUCAAGAAGCUGACCAAUGAAAAAGACCGGAUGCACAAGGCAUCCAAGGAACACUCCAAGCUUCUGAAAGACAAGUCGCAAUAUGAGCGUCAGAUGAAGACACUAACAUCUGAUCUCACCAAGAUGAAGGAGACAAAGGUCAAACUGAUGAAACAAAUUCGGGAAGAGCAACAGAAAGCCCGACAGAAAGAGGUAGCCUCUAACCGAGCCAUCCAGAAGCUGAAGAAGGAGUCCCGCAAGCAUGAGAACAGGAUCAAAUCGCUGGAAGCAGAGGCUAAACAGAAGGAAAUAGUCCUCAAGAGAAGACAGGAAGAGGUUCAGCUUCUUCGCAAGCAGUCCAAACCAUUAUCUGACAAGGCUGCAGGUCGGGUCACAAGUCGUCGCCUUCCACCCCAACAGCAGCAGGAUGUGGCAGCAAAGAUCAACGGACCAACGCCAUCGCUGCAGGCCAUCACAGCAGCGAGGCGGAAACACCCAUUGAGUGCUGCUACACAGAAGAGAAGGCAUGAACGCAAGGGGACGAGUGAAUAUUCCUCCAAAGCUGCUAAGCAGAAAUGGAUGCAGAUCGACAGAAGGGUAACUGAUAUUGUGAAUCGUCGUCAGACAAUCACCCACAUGGAAUGCGAUAUGGAACGCUACCUCCAUCACCGACAACGACUCAGUAAGAAACGAGAGAAGACUUUCCACCGACGAGACGAAGCCAUCCGUGCCGGGAAGGAUGCUGUUAUCAUUGCGGAGCUGAACGACCAAAUUGAUGGUUUGAAUGCCAACAUUGAAUAUGUCCAAGAACAGAUUACAGAAUGCCAGGCUAAUAUCAUGGAAGUCAUGGAAGGGAAGGAGGGAACAUGGGAUGAAGUUGAUGUUGGUGAUGUUACUGCCAUCAUUGACAACUGUAGCCUGCAGGAGGCUAAAUACAUGCUAGAGCACUUUCUACAGCUCACCAUCAACAAGGGUCAGCACGCUUCGCAGAAGGAAUCUCAGGUCAAGGAGUUGGAAGCCAAGCUUCACCAGGAAGAACAAAACAGCUUCUUACAGCAGCAGCUCCUACAGCACGUGCUGUCGGGCCAAGACCUGGAUGUAGAGUUUGAUGGGCUCUACAUGCAUCCAGAGCCUGAGAGCAGCAGCAGUGCUGAGAGCUCAAGGGCGCCCUCGCCAGUCGAAUCCAGUGUCUUAUUGACUUUCCCACCAUUUGUGUGUGCUAGUACCCAGAAUGCAAUGCAGAAUCAUGCUAACCCUGGUUCGUUACCUACUUUUGAAUACCACCAACUUCCCCCAAUGCCGCCUUCACAAAUCCCGGUCCGGACAACAAGGGAAAAGGCAAGACGUCGCACAGCUACCCCGGAGGAGCUCCUCUAUGCUGGGCCCAAGGAUCUUCUACUCAAUGAUGCAACCCCCCUCUUACCCCUGAUGGAAUCCAACGAACCCUCAGGGGAUGAGUCAAGUCUGUCCUCGGACACUGGUACCAUCAUUAUUCCUCCACCUCGACUGACGGCAGCAAGACGAGAUAGGGAUAAUCUGUCUAGGCCUGGUCAACGUAAUGAUUCACCUUCCCUAAGAAGGAAGCUACACAGCAUCCUUCAUCAACCUCAACCAGUCACGUCCACUCCUAUUUGCUCAUCAGUCGAGCACACUCCAGAUCCUUCCCCUCCCAGCUCUCCACCACCCACCAAAGGCCGAAGUGAAAAUGUCUUCUCCAGACUCACCCAGAGCAACUCCCCAGCCGCACCUCGCAAUGGCAGCAAGCCAACUGCUGAGGAUGAUGGAGGAAUCAUAAAUCCCGUCCCAGUCAAACCACAAGGCAAAGCUCCUUUAGUCUGUUGUUACACCGCUGAAGGACAUACCAAGGCUGUGCUGUCUGUGCAAGCUACAAAUGAUCUCUUAUUCAGUGGAUCAAAAGAUCGAACGGUCAAGAUUUGGAAGCUCGAGACUGGUCAAGAAUUGUCCACUCUAUCUGGUCAUCCAAACAAUGUAGGAACCGUCCGGUACAGUGAGGAGAGAGGCUUGGUGUUCAGUGUCUCCACAGCAUACAUACGAGUUUGGGAUGUCAGGGAACCGGGCAAAUGCAUUAAAACGUUAAGUUCGUCGGGUCACGUCUUAGAUGGCAGCGCUGCUAGCAGCUCAUCACGGACGGUUGCCAUGCCAGCGGGUGAGACACAGGUCAAUGAUAUAGCUGUGAAUAAAACCGGAACCAGACUAUACGCAGCGGCUGGGAAUAUCAUCAGAGUCUGGUCCCUGACCAAUUUCCAGUCCAUCUGUAAGCUCUUUGGUGGUCCUUCGGCGGCCAUCAUGUGCGUUGCCGUGGAUACCCAAGAUGACUGUGAUUAUGUGUAUGCAGGAUCAAAGGACCACUACAUCAAGGUGUUUGAGGUACCAAGUGCCGCGACAGGUUGUUUAACAGCCAAACACAACUUAGAUCCACCUCACUAUGAUGGAGUUCAAUCUAUUGCCAUCAAUAAACAACUUCUAUUCAGCGGCUCAAGAGAUGCCUGCAUUAAGAAGUGGGAUUUGGAGAAAAAACAGCAAGUCAAGACCAUCAACAGUGCCCACAAGGAUUGGAUCUGUUCGCUAGACUUCUUGCCAGGCCGUGAUUGUCUGCUUAGCGGCUGCCGUGGAGGCUACCUCAAACUAUGGCACAUAUGGGACUGUUCACUUAUUGGAGACAUGAAAGCACACACAAGUCCCAUCAAUUCCAUAGCAACCAAUGCAACGCACAUUUUCACCGCUUCCAGCGAUCGCACUAUCAGCGUAUGGAAGCCUCAAGGUGCUCUGGAAAUUGCUGUCAAGGAGAAUGGACAUAACAGCUAGAUGAGAACAAGUAUAAACACCUACAUGUAGGUAUAGUAAAGUUGCCCUUGGCGCGAGCUCCUGUCAGGACCAACUCUUGCAGAAAACACUGUCUAACCUUAAGUGUCUUCAGAUGUCCCUUGUUGCCUUGGAGCCACGAGUCCUGAGUAAAACCAGCUUAUGUAGGGUGUGUUUGUUUCGUGCAGCUUGGAGUCGCAAUCAGUGAUCCAACGUUGGUUCACUGACACCAGAACCCACCCUGUGGAAAGAGCAAACCAGCGUUGGGAUCACUGAUUGAGAUCCAUUCGCGUGUGAAACAAACUGACAUACAGUGCUUUCCAUGCAAAGCAAAGUCAUUUUUGCUCACCAGGAAGGCAAAAGAUAGAAGCUUGAUUUCACUGGUCCCCGUGUGCUUUUAUAUUCUAUUAGAGACACUUGGGAGCCAGCUUCAAUCAUUCCUAUUGUUGAAAUAUGUAAUAUUUUUUCAAUUUUGCUUAAAUUAUGGAUUAGCUUAUGGAAGGCCUAGUAAAACAAAUCAAAUGGAAUGAAAAAUUUAAUUACACAUGAUGAGGAGAAAUCGAUGAAUUAUACAUACAUGCAUACAGAUGGAAAAUACGGUGAAGUUGGCAAGCCAAGUUACAAGCCAGGGUCUUACCUGAUUUAUUAUUUUGUCAUAGAUAUCUGAAUCCAUAUUUAGUUUUGAUAUAUAUCCCGAUUGGACUUGUGAAUCUUUGUUUUGGAUUUUUCUUAAGUUACAUGUUUAUGUACCUUCGCAUGGAAUAAUUGGAAUUGUUUGUUUGUGUACGCUUAUUAAUUGAGUCAUGGUGUUUGUGGUAAAAUAUGUUUUGGUUUUGUUUUUCUCAUUUUGGGUCGGUAGUAUCUAACAAAAAGGUUUUUGAGCAGGAUUAUUGCUUUGUUUUUUUUGGGGGGGGAGUGUAAAUAUUUCAGGAAUGUUAUAAUUUUUGCCGCACAAAGGUCUUGAAAUAACGUGGCAGAAUUGUCUGUAUAAAGGUUAAGGUGAUGCGUAAAAAUUGGACAAUUGUAAGUUGCAAAUGUGUAUUAUAAAAUGGUUUUAAGUUGGAAGCUCUUGCAUGUAUAAAUUGAAAUUCAAAAGAAAAUGAUAUUUAAAUAUUUGGAAUUCAACAGAAACAUAGUGGAUAUUAUAAUGGUUUAUAAGGAAUCGUUUGUUCCAGCCCAUAAAUUGACGGUAAAAUAUUAAAAAUAACUUGGAUUUUUCAUAGGUAUUGAAAUAAUGAGAAACAUUAUCGUUCUAGAACCAUCUUUUCUGAGAGAAAGUAAAGCGCAUUCCUGCAGAAGCAGCAACCCAAAAUGCCGAGCGUAAAGCGCUUAUGCCCAUGCAUUGGCUUUGCAUCUUCAAACAAUACAUCCCACAUCGAUGAGCUAGAUUUUUACAAACAAAUACCUACCAAAAAGAGAGCAAAAAUAGGUAAUAAUGACUUCCGAGGUUAGACGCAGCAUUUUUACGCUUGCACAUCCACACUCAAUAUAUAAAACCGUAAAUUCGGCGGACUUUUAAUCGGCCUGUUUACGGCUCUAAACACUAGAACAUAUGUUGUACGUUGCACAGUUUGUCAAGUCAAAUUUCAAACUUCAUUUUCGAUGAAUGUUGUGGUUUUUGGUGAACAAAACCCGUGAUUUAAAAGCGUCAUUUCAAUAAAUUUCAAUAGAAAUGCUGCGUUGAAAACACCUGUUAUGAAACUCUUUCGUUCUACCAGAUAAGCGUGGGUUCUUGACGAAGUUCCGGUAUUGAACGUAUUCGGAACUGGGUUUCGACGUUGGUGGCAGCUUACCUGAUAACUGUAAACUGGCACCCUGUCCAUUCGUUCUCCGUCACGUCACUUGGGCUCCGUCUCAGGCUUCAACUGUUUUAUUUCCUUCCUGACUUUGAAGUUAUAAGGGCAAUAGUAAGUCUGA